AUGGUGUUCGUGGUUGUAAGCUAUCAACUGAAGUUUACAUCGCGAUGGCCUUCACUUCCUGCAGGCCACCGGUUGAGACAAGAGGAUAAGCCCUGCAUCAUUUCUCUCCACGAAACUGAUCCAAUAUCUGGAAAUCCAGCAACCGCGACCCCAGCGGCGUCGCUGGCUGAUGUACCAGCGCCCGCGCCCGUGCCGGCCGCCGCCGGCGAGCGCGGCCUGUCCGUGUCGCAGGCCAUGUCUAAUGUCAUGGCGAAGGGCAAGACGGCGUUCAUCCCGUACAUCACCGCCGGCGACCCCGACCUCGCGACGACGGCGGCCGCGCUGAGGCUCCUCGACGCCCUGGGCGCCGACGUCGUCGAGCUCGGCAUGCCGUUCUCGGACCCCUCCGCUGACGGGCCCGUCAUCCAGGCCUCCGCGGCGCGCGCGCUGGCCGCCGGCGCCACCGCAGACGCCAUCAUGACCAUGCUGAAGGAGGUGACGCCGGAGCUGUCCUGUCCCGUGGUGGUCUUCUCCUACUUCAGACCCAUUGCGGAGCGAGGGACGGCGAGCUUCGCCGCUGCGGUCAAGGAAGCCGGCGUAAAAGGUCUUAUAGUACCUGAUCUUCCUUACGCCGAGACAAGUGCUUUCAGAGAUGAAGCCAUUAAGAACGACCUAGAGCUGGUGCUGCUUACAACACCGUCUACACCGGCAGAGAGGAUGAAGGAGAUCACUGAAGCUUCAGGAGGCUUUGUUUACCUUGUAAGUGUCGAUGGAGUUACAGGCCCCCGCGCAAACGUGAACCCACGUGUCGAGAGUCUUCUUAAGGAGAUUAAGGAGGUCACUGACAAGGCAGUGGCUGUUGGCUUUGGAAUAUCAACCCCUGACCAUGUUAAGCAGAUUUCAGAGUGGGGUGCAGAUGGAGUGAUAAUUGGCAGUGCAAUGGUGAAGCAGCUGGGUGAAGCGGCUACUCCAGAAGAAGGGCUAAAGAGGCUGGAAGUGUAUGCCAGGAGCUUGAAAGAUGUGCUGCCAUGAUAUGUGAAUAUAUAACAGCAAUUACUUAACUUGAUUGGGAAGUGGUUAAAAUAUGAGCAGGAGCAGUGAAGCUGCCUAUUAUUACUUU